AUGGCCUCGUCUGCGCCCGCGCCCGCGCCUCGCCUAGGCCGGAAGCGGCCGCUGCCUGCCUGCGCCAAUCCGCUCUUCGUGCGCUGGCUCCAGGAGUGGCGGGAUGAGGCAGCCGGCCAGGGCCGUCGGGCACGCUUUGUCUACCAGAAGGCCUUGCGCUCCCUGCUGAGAUACCCCCUGCCUCUGAGAAGUGGGAAAGAAGCCAAGAUCCUCCAGCACUUUGGGGACACCCUCUGCCGCAUGCUGGACCAGCGCCUGGAGCAGCACCUGGCCUCUGGGGGAGGCAAGCCAGUCUCUGAGCUCCCACAGGGAGAGUUGAGCAGACCCCCAGAGGAGGCAGUCCCUUCUGAAUCGAUGCCAGGCCGUCCCAAGGGUGGUGGCCGUGGCAGCUACAGACCACCCCGUCAUUCAGCCGCACGGGCUCUGCUACUGAUUCUCUACAAGGAACAGCUGGAUCCCAGAAGCCAAGGGUCCCUGACCAAGGAUGAGCUCCUGAAGAGGUGUGAGCAGGAAGCCCCCAGGGUGGCCCUCGGCUCGAGCAGUCAGCCCUGGCCAGCCCUGCGCUCCCUCCUGCACAGAAACCUCAUUUUGAAAACCCAGCGGCCAGCCAGGUACUCACUAACCCCUGGGGGAUUAGAGCUGUGUCGGGAGCUGGCAGAGGCUGAAGGUCCGACAGAGCCGCCUGCUAGGAUACAGCCAAGAUCCACCCAGUCCCCUAGCAGGGAGGCAGAAGACAGGCCCCAGGACACUGUGUCUCAACUAGGCGCCAGGACCCGGACUCUGGAGCCACCCCUCGAGCUGGGGCCAGGGGAGUACAGGAUCCUCUUGUGUGUGGAUGUCAGUGAGACCACGGGGGGUAGCCACCGGCCAGAGAUUCUGAGGGAGCUGAAGCGCCUGGGAGUCCCCCAUGAUGUCCGAAAGCUACAUGUUGGGGACUUUGUCUGGGUGGCUCAGGAGACUAGUCCGAGGGAGCCGGCCCGGCCCAGCGAGCUCGUCCUGGACCAUGUGGUGGAGAGGAAACGCCUGGACGACCUGUGUGGCAGCAUCAUUGAUGGGCGCUUUCGGGAGCAGAAGUUCCGCCUAAAACGCUGUGGCCUCAGCCAUCGGGUGUACCUGGUAGAAGACCAUGGCUCUGCCCACAGCCUCAGCCUCCCUGAAAGCACUCUGCUGCAGGCAGUCACCAAUACACAGGUGAUCGAUGGCUUCUUUGUGAAACGUACAGCAGACCUGAAGGAGUCGGCCGCCUACCUGGCUCUCCUCACCCGGGCUCUGCAGAAACUCUAUGAGGGUCAGACGCUGCGGUGCCGGCCCUGGGGGGCUGAGGGAGACCCUGGGACCCGGCCCCCACCCUGCACCCUCUUCACCUUCAGAGACUUCAAUGAGGGGGCCAUGAAAAACAAGGCCCAGUCUGUGAGAGAGGUGUUUGCUCGGCAGUUGAUGCAGGUGCGCGGGGUGAGCGGAGAGAAGGCUGCUGCCCUGCUGGGCACGUACAGCACUCCGGCCAGCCUCCUGGCUGCCUACGAUGCCUGCGCCAGCCGCCAAGAGCAGGAGAAGCUGCUGAGCUCCAUCAAGUGUGGGCGCCUGCAGAGGAACCUGGGCCCAGCCCUGAGCCGGACCCUGUGCCAGCUCUACUGUACUGCUGGGCCGCUGCCCUGAGCCAGCCUGGAGGAGACAUGGCGCAAGGCCCGGGGAGGGGACGGGGUCGGGACUUGGACAAGAAAUGUUUUGGAUAGAAUAAAAGUGUGACUGCCA